UCCAAUACAAGGCCCCAAAAUCUUGGAGACGGAGACACACACACACACUCUGCCCCUCUCUCUGUCACUCUCUCAGACACGGGAAUGGAUUUGCCCUGAGAUCUUUGGCCACUGCAGCACAAGUCAACAGCACCAGAAUGCCCAUCCUCAAGAGGCUGCCCAGAAGGUUCAAGUCUAACCACAGCAAUGGUGAUGUUCAAAAGAGUAACCUAACUAAUGGGGAGCUCAUCCUGAUGAGUAAAAAUAGCAACGGAGAACUUAUUCUGCCACCAUCUGAUCUGAAUCCUUUUGAGGGAGCGUGGGCAGGGAUUGGGUGGAGUAAUGAAGAGGGCAAGGUUUGGGAGAACGGACAGGACUACCAGAGGUCUUCUCAAGUCAGCGAGGCUCUGGAGAACGAGGCUAAUGCUGAGCAGCGCGGAGGGGCAAAGGUCACUGAGGGGUCAAAAGAAAAGAGAGGAACUCUGGAACGAAUCUGUGGCUCAUCACCAUUGAAGACCCUUGGCAAAUUAGGAAAGGGGCUUCGAAUCACUGGAAAAAAUGUGUGGGGCACCACCCCUUCACUACGAAGUGCAACACUUCCAGCAGCACCCUCUUCAGGAAAGAAGAAAAAGAACUAUCGACGAGCCUCAGAGGAGAUUAUGACCUUACUAAGGUUGACCGGCCGUCGUAAGGACAGUGAGCGUAGAGACAGUCUUCCUGCAGGUGAUCUGACCGCAGAAAAUGACGAAGACAGUCGCAGGCGUCCCUCGUUCCUACGCAUGGUCAGUCUGAGCAAACUCAGAGGAGAUUCACUAACAAACCGCAGCUCACAGGAAGAUGAACAAGAGUCAGUAGAAGAAGAACCACCAGUCAAACGCAGAGAGCCACUAUCAGUGUUGGAGAUCCUGCAGUUGGUGAAUCAGAGAGACCUGCUUCUUGCCGACACGCACAUCCAAGAGCUGGAGAGGGAGUGUGAACUUGACCCCUCCCCUUUGACACAAACCACACCCACUUCGACCACACCCAGCAACAUGACCACUCCCACCCUCGCCUCACCUCCCUGGUUCACCUUGUUGCCUGGUUCAGGCAGUGAGGAUUCAGGCCCAAGCAUGUGGGAUGCUGGACUGCGCAAAGUGAAAGACGUAGAGCUGCUUUACGAGGCUCUUCAGAGGGAAAUGUGGGAUGUUGUGAGAGAGUCGCUGCGUCAGCCGUGCAGCGGGCCUCAGCUUGGCCUGGUGGUGCUGGUCAUUCAACAGGAGGAGCAGGCCGACAAAGUCUGGGCUAUGCGACUGGAGGCCCAAUCCAAUGCCCAAGCAGUAGACCAAUCCGAAGACCAUCCCCGGCCCUCCAAACGUCCUAGGAAACUGCGGCAAAGGUGGGUGGAGGCUGUGGGAGAGGCAGCUGACUGGUGUCUGCCACAACCAGGGGGCAUUGCUGCAGGGCAGAUGGGCAUGUAUUUGGAGCGUUUAAGGGGCAGGGUGGUGGAAGAUAUGGACGCUGCACGAAGAAAUGUGGUGGCGGUUUAUCCUGAGGAGUUUGGAGUGUUUCAGGUCUACAUGCAGAGCUAUCACAGGGCGGUUGCCAAACGCCUGAAGACCAUCACUUGUGGACCCAUUCAGAUCACAGACACAUACUCGCUGCUGGACUGGAUCUACAACAUUUACAACAGGGACGUCUUGGCUACAGUUGGAGCUAUGGGCUCUAUAGUGUGUGAAGCACUCGAUCCUCUCCUGCCUGACGAUGUCAUAGAUCGACUGGAACAGGACUGUGUCGAAACCGUUUGGGACAAGAUAACUACAGAACUCCCGCAGGUUUUGGAGGAUGAAGAAAAGCGGUGGGUUCAGACGCUGCACAUUGAAGAGUAUCAGUCUGGCCUCGCACGUUCUGUCAUACAGAGGCUGAAGGUAGAUUUGGACAGAUCGACAGCUGUCAGUCAGCCUCUAGGGGCUCGUGUUGCUCGCUGCACAUUGAAUGGACUUGCAGAUUUCCUGCACAACUUCCAGAGAAAAAUCGAGAUGUUCCACGACACACAAUCAGAGUUUGGGGAUCAUGGAGAUGGUUACGUGUCCAGGACCAUCGCUCUUGUCAACUGUGUUCCACCAUUCAGGAAUUUUGUGGAGCGCUGUCGUCUGUGUGACACCGUUGGCAGUGAGGACGUGUCCCAGCGAGCUCAGUCCUCUCUAGAGCGCAUUGUUAGCCAGUCGGUGCGAGUUCUUUCAGACAUACUGUUUGAAAACAUCAGGCCAUUCUUCGAUAAGCUGGUGAAGAGGAAGUGGCUGGAUAACAAUGAGGCCUAUGAGAGCAUUGAGAUGACCAUUAAACAGCACUUUAAGAAGUUCCGCAGGAUGGACUGCCCUCCAUAUCAGGCAUUGGUGAAUGAGGUGCACAGGCGGGUCCUGGUUGAAUAUGUUCGUGCCAUCAUGAGGGGGCGGGUCAUCUGUACAUCACUCAAAAUGAGAAAGAGACUGGCAUUCCGGCUGCAGGACGAAGCCAAACAGAUGAAGGCACUUUUUAAAGAUCUGGAAUCAACUUCCUCCUGGUUGGACAGUGUGAUUGUUCACCUGGCUGACAUCAUCGUGUUGGAGGACACUCCCUCUAUUCAGAUGGAGGUUGGGGUUUUGGUGAAGGAGUUUCCAGAUAUACGGAGGAGACACAUCUCUGCGGUGUUGAAUGUGCGAGGGAUGGUGCAUCAGACGGACCGUCAGGAGAUUCUAGCUGUCGUCCGGGACUUAGAGAACAGUGACAGCUCCAUCAAUCUGCCCCGUGAACGUGCCCUGUUUUCUGAGAUCGCAGUGGCCAAAGACAUGUCCUGUCUGGGGCUGGUUCUGAUCCGCUUCGGAUUGACUGUGUCUUCAUGGGUCGCCAGCGCCCGACCGCACCGUAACCACAGCAGGAGGAGCUGGAAUGAGAAGCACAAAGAGGGCAGACCACAAUCGAAACGCUUCGCUGAGCAUUAAAAUACAAAGUAAUUACAACACAUUAGCAACCCAUAAAUACACAGCAUCAUAAUCAAAGCAAAUCAGUAUAACGUUAAGCAAAAUGUCUUUAGACUAGUUUUAGAAUAGAUUGAGCGUGGACAGAACUAGGGCUGAACGAUUUUACAAAAAACUUUAUCUAAUUGCAGUUUAUUUACCAAUAUUCUGAUUGUAAAUUAAUAUGUGCAUUUUUAAAAACUUGUUAUCACUUGUGUAUUAUUCAACAAAGAGAAAUAAAUCAGUGUAUAGUAUCUGAUCAACACAAUGUUAGUGUAAUGUGUGAUCAAUAGUUCUUUUCCUAAAAUAUAAAUGUCAUACUCAGUCACACAAAGUGAAAACCAUAAUAAAUUACUCAGUUAUAGUUUACAUUACAGUGACAAAACUGUGUUAUUCUGAUGUUAAAGGGAUCGUUCACCCAAAAAUGAAAAUCCUGUCCUUCUUUACUCACCCUUUUCAAAUCUUCUUUUACUUUCUAUCUUCUGUAACACAAAAGAAAACAUUUUGAAGAAAGCUGAAAAGCUGUAACCAUUCAAUUCUACAGUACUACUGUAAAAAUGCUGGGUUUCACACAAUCAGUUUGAGUUGGGACAACAUGAAGAAAUUAGUUAACUUGUUAGUUUUUACAAAUUUAAGUUGAUUGAACAUAGAACAAUUAAGUUGUCCCCAAAAACACCUUAAGAAUUGUGUUGUCUUGGCUCAUUUUAAGUAGGUAGUUUGAACAAGCAGCAAAGGUUUUUUGAGUGUAGGAAAAACAGAUACUAUGGAAGUCAAUGGUUACACGUUUUCAGCAUUCUUCAAACUAUCUUCUUUUGUGUUCAACAGGAAAAAAAGAAACUCAUAUACAAUUGAAGUCAGAAUUAUUAGCCCUCCCUGAAUUAAUAACCCCCUAGUUUAUUUUUUCCCCCAAUUUUUCAACACAUUAUUAUCAGUCUAAAAAAAAACGAUCAGAAAUACUGUGAAAAUAUCCUUGCACAUCAUUUGGGAAAUAUUUUAAAAAGAAAAAAAAAUUAAAAAGGGGCUAAUAAUUCUGACUUCAACUGUAGGUUUGAAACCACUUGAGGGUGAGUAAAUAGUGUGAAAUUUUCAUUUUUGGGUGAACUAUCCAUUUAAAUACGAUUAACAAAUGCCGUCACUUCAUUACUUUACAUCAGCAGUAAUUCAUUUAGUCAAUAAUUACAAAUAAAAUAGAUAAAACUGCAAUUACACUGCAUAUUUAUUUUGAUAUUAUUAUAUACACUUAGAGCAUCCUGACGAUGUCACAAAACAGAAAUCUGUAAUCUGAUGUUUCCUCUGCAGACUGCUUUACACUCGCGUCACAGUGUAAUAUAUAUAUUUUUAUUAUUAUCGCAAACGCAAUUAAUCGUUCAGCCCUAGUCAGAACCCAGUGGAAAGGCAGGAUAAGAUGAGUCCAUGGCAGCAAAAGUAAAAUCACAACAAUACUUGUCCUUCAGAGCACAGCUGGAGCGGAAUAAGUCGGUGGACACUUGAAAGCGCAGGAAACGUUUUAUAAUUCUCUCUCGCUUUAAACAGGCUGUUAGUGGACUGCUGUAAACUGACUAGCUGGACCUCUGUCGUGUGAACAGCCGCAUGAUUGAGAGGAACGACAGGAAACUCAUCACUGUACAGUGGGGACAUGCUGAAACUUUUAUUAGCACAUGCUGUGUGCAGAACAGCGCUUUGGCUUGACAGACGCAUGUGCGAGAUGUAUCAGACACAUCAGGUACAGUUCAACAGUGCAUAAACAGCAGGUUUCAGAAUGUGUUUUAUUUUGGAGAUGUGCAAACAUGAAAAUGGUUUGAAUGUGGUUGGCUUGUGAAUUAAAGAAUGUGAAUGUUAAUUCCUCUGAUUUUUUUGUACCAAUGUUCAUUCCAUCUCAUCUAAUAAUUACCAUGCAACUCUAAGCUACUGAGAUUUUUAAAAAGCAUUUAAAUGUGUGAUAUUGUUUCAGAUAAAUAUGAAAUAAAGCCCCAUUGACUGGGAAUUUGAUUAUGUUGUAAUUAAACUUCUUUCUCUUUUUUUACACUGCUGGUCAGUCGAAAAAAGGUUUUAAGUGCAGGUGUGCAGGGAUGCUGUAAAAGAACCGUAUUUGGUUUCCCAAUGAACUCCAAUAUCCAUUCUUAAAAAAACAACAAUGUUUAUUUCAUAAAGUAAAGAACAUUUACGACGCUGGAC